GUCGCGGGGCGGAGGGAAGAGCGGGCGGUCGGGAGGCGCCGGCGCCAGACGCGGAGGGAAAGAGCUACGACUAGUCGCCGAGAGGCCGCGGACCCAGCGACGACCAAGCCAGCCGAGCUGCCGCCGCCGCCGCGCCCCCAUGGCGGCCGCCAAGGACACUCAUGAGGACCAUGAUACCUCCACCGAGAAUGCAGAUGAGUCCAACCACGACCCCCAGUUUGAGCCAAUAGUUUCUCUUCCUGAGCAAGAAAUUAAAACGCUGGAGGAAGAUGAAGAGGAACUUUUUAAAAUGCGGGCGAAGCUAUUCCGAUUUGCGUCAGAGAACGAUCUCCCAGAAUGGAAGGAACGAGGCACCGGCGAUGUCAAGCUCCUGAAGCAUAAGGAGAAAGGGACCAUCCGCCUCCUCAUGAGGAGGGACAAGACCCUGAAAAUAUGCGCCAACCACUACAUCACACCGAUGAUGGAGCUGAAGCCGAAUGCGGGCAGUGACCGUGCCUGGGUCUGGAACACCCACGCCGACUUUGCCGAUGAGUGCCCCAAGCCGGAGCUGCUCGCCAUCCGCUUCCUAAAUGCUGAGAAUGCACAGAAAUUCAAAACAAAGUUUGAAGAAUGCAGGAAAGAGGUUGAAGAGAGAGAAAAGAAAGCAGGAUUGGGCAAAAAUGAUAAUGCUGAAAAAGUGGCUGAAAAGCUAGAAGCUCUUUCAGUGAAGGAGGAGACCAAGGAGGAAGCGGAGGAGAAGCAAUAAAUUGUCUUAUUUUAUUUCCUUUUUCUUUCUUUUUCUUUUUUAAAUUUUGUCUAGCCCCUCCUGUUCGGUUUGUUUUUAUUCUGUUUUGUUUUUACAAGGGACUUUAUAUAAAGAACUGAAUUCCAA